GCUUACAGUUUUCGUUGGACUUUCGCGACACACGCGUCGAGAAUAUUCCGUCACAUUGUCGAAUCGUGUUUGUCAACAGAGCUCAUUACUACGGGCCGCGAUAUUUGUCACGAUAGUGACAGUGGAUUUGAUCUUUCUCAAAGAACUUUCUGAACUGCUGCAAGUCUGCACACUGCUGCAUCAAGUCAGAGUGAAACGACUUACUGCACCACUGUACACCAGUGCAGGAAGAGAACAGGCCUAGUGUCGCGAUACGAGUAAUUACUAGAAGGUGGCAACUGUGCUCCGAAUUUUUAGUAGUAAGAGUGACAUUUAAGACAAACAACCUCUCGCCAGUGGACGAUAGAGGGCGAUACGCGCUUGCAGGUCACUGCCCGAACAGUAUCGCGACGUGCCGGUGAGUGUAUGAUUAUGUGUUUCGCGGUGAUUCACAGUCUUUUCAUUCGGAUCGCGAAUUUGACAACGAGAACAUCGUGAUAUCGCCGAAUAAUCGCGCUGUGGUGUACGAAACGUAGAGUACCAGAGCAUCAUAUACGCUGUAGGUGGGUCUUUUUUACCAAUGUUAAUCUCGCGAUCGAUAACACCGGUCAGUAAUAAAGGUAAGUGCAUUGUGCUUCCGCGUUGUUUACAUUUCGUCACGCGCUUUCCACAUAAUCGUAAUAUCGGCAAGUGAUCGCGCAUAAAACGUAAAGUAUCAGAAUAUCGUAUAUACACUAUAAAUAGAUCUUUCUUAUCAAUGUUAAUCUUACGAUCGAUAACAUGAGUCAAUAACAAAAGCGAGAGCCCGCGUUGUUUACGUUUCGUCAAUGCGUUUUUUCACGUGAGAUCAAGCAUACAGACGCACUCGCCACGGAAAGAAGGCUGAAUUUUCGUCAUGAAUUGGCAGCAAAUUCGUGUGCGUGUGCGUGCGCGUCUUCUAGAAAUUCAAACUUCUUGAAAUACGUGAUCACGUGAUCAGUGUAGAAACAUUACCUCACGUACAAACAUUUGCUCGUCAGUGUCGGCCAUAUCGUGCAACGGAUUGUUGCUGGGUCGGAGUCGUUCCGUACUUCUCGCGGUAUUUAGUCGUCGAAAGUGGUUCGGCCACGCGAGUGAACGUCGAGAGUGUCGGGAUGUGGCGAUACGCGACGCGCUCGUGCGUAAUUAGUGUGCUCAGGUCGCGAUUCGUCCGCAUUUUCUGACAUUUGUCGCCGAGGUCCGUUCCGCUCGUCGAGCAGACGCGAUGCCGGCCCGUCGUUGUGUCGUGUGUAACGUAUUUCGCGUUAUUUAUGCACUCGUCGAGCGCGAUGAAGCGGACGAGAGCGCCGACAGCAUCGCCGUCGAGGCUGAUUAUAAGGUGAUCGCCGCGAUGUGUCGGUCAAGAAGGCCGAUAGUAUUUGGUUGACGCUCGGUGUCCUUUUCUGCCAUGUCGUUAUCGCGGCGCUACAGUUUCUCUUUUUCGAAUCUUUUCACUGGUCGCAAGUGCGUCGCGAACACGACCAGUCCGGAACUUUUCGGUGAAUAUGAAUGAAUCGACGAAUCUUGUCGGUGUGGCUGCUUUUAAUCCGAGUACAUGGACAGACACGGCGAGUUUUGCAUCGUGCCGUCGAGAGUCGUGGAGAGAGGAGAGGAGAAAGAGAGAGUGAGAUGCCACGAAGCAAGCAGCAAGGAACUUCUUCCGCGCAAUCCUGGAACGCUAGUCUUCUAACUGAGUUCCAGGAGCAGAGAAGAAAAGAGAGUCAAAGUGGCCGGAAGGAAACCCGGCUCCUGGAUAACCAGAAAGAACUAGCGCAACGCAAGGGCGCUCCUCAACCUAUUUCGUGUCAGAAAGCUGACGGUGGGCUCCCUGAGCCCACCCGCUCAUUCAGCAAACUGGCGAGCGCGCUAACCGCUGGCAUGAACCCCCACCAUCCAGGCCACUCCGCAGGCUACCCCCACCACCCCUCGCUCUCGAGCAGUCCGCAUCACAGCGGGCCCGGCGGGCCGCAUCACGCGUAUGGGACCGGCGGCGGUGGCGGCGGUGGCGGCGGCGGUGGUGGCACCACGACUACCCCCGAUCUACCCAGCCCCCACUCGCCUCCGCACGCUGCCGGCGCCGGCGAUCCCGCCACCCCCUAUGCGGCCUUGCAACCUGGACAAGGCAUGGGCAGCAAUGGGCAUCAUCACGGUGGAGGAGGCAUGAUGCCGGAUCACCCACAUCACCCUGGACACCCUCACCCGCACAUAUCGGGACAUCCGGCGUACCAACCGGUGAAUCACAACAACAACUGUACGAUCAAGCAAGAGGGAGUUCCGAGCGCGUCAACGGGUAUUCAGCAAUGCGCCGGCUGCGGCGGACAAAUAGUAGAAAGAUGGCUGUUGCUGGCGAUGGAUCGGUACUGGCACAAUGGCUGCCUCAAGUGCUCGUAUUGCGGCACGGCAUUGGCAGAAAUCGGCCAAUCCUGCUACACCAGAAGUGGCAUGAUCCUCUGCAAAAGCGACUACAGACGGAUGUUCGGUAACAGCGGUGUCUGCGCGAGCUGCGGCAACGCGAUACCCGCGUCCGAGUUGGUGAUGAGAGCCGGCGCGUCGGUGUUUCACCUGAAAUGCUUUAACUGCAACAAGUGCGGCAGCCAACUCGUCUCCGGCGACAGGUAUUACUUGCUGUCCGGCUCACCGGUGUGCGAAUCUGACUGGCACAAGAUCGUGAAAUCGUCGAGCGUUGCGGCGGCGGCAGCCGCGGCCGCCGGCAACGGCGGCGCGCCCGUUAGGAAAGGUAAGCCGACGCCCGUCGUCGUACCACCUCAGGUAGACGUCGUGGAUGUCGCCGUCGGAGUGGACCCCUAUUCGCCGCCUCCGCCGGGUCAUCAACAUUACCACCAUCAUCAUCACCAUCACCAUCAUCAGAUGGGGCUUGUGCAUCCGAGUCUGGCGGGUCAGCAGCAAUCGCAUCUGCAGGUGUCCUCCAACUAUCAGGAGUGGUCGCCUUGGGCGACCCAAGACACCUGCGAUUGAACUCCCUCUCUCUCUGGACCGAUUCCAAUCGGGAUCAUAGCGAUCGCUAUGAUAAAGAAGAAGAUAUGGGUCACCCUGGGAGGAUCGCCCGAUGUUGGAGAGGAAGAGACAGAGGCUCCCCGCGCGUGUAGCCUCUCCUCCGUGACGUCCACUGUGGACGUCGACAGUUUUCUCUCCGCGACUCGACCCCGUGACAUUGCACGUGCUUGAACUUGCCGCGGCAAGCCGACAGCUCGGCCGCCGCGAUGUUGAACAUGAUCGAACUCGAAACUGCAUACACCGAAAGCCUCGCGCGCGCGCGCGAGCGCGCCUGGCAACGCCGACGUCGAGUGUGUUACCCGAACUUGGUGUGUGAACGCCGAGAGAAUCGCCGCGAUUGCUCUUUCUCAAGAGCGUCGACAACUGUCCGGAGUCGCGCGAACAACCCUCAACCUGACGCGCGAACGCGAACUCUACCUUUUUUGAUACGGUCGAGGGAAUGAGGUAUGCACACGUUGAAUAAUAUAUCGAUGUCACUGCUUGAACCCACAGUCGAUUAUACAGUCGAUUCUGUCUGAAUACAUGGAGUGAAUCUACGAUACUUACCGCUACUAUAUCAUCGGGUAUUGAAUUGGCUGUGAGACUUACGGGAGAUUUAUCAGAAACCCAGUUGUUAAAUCGCCAAAUUCCAUUUUCGAAGAGAUAUUCGGUCUCUCCUCAAUGUCUGAGAAGGAAAAACGCGGAAAUCCCGGAUAUAUUACUCGCGCUGUAUCGAGUGUUGAGAGAGGCAUGAAAAAUUCCAAAGCACAUACUGGGUCCAGCAUGCUGGACAGGCAGACCCGGACACGCGGACCACACUUUUCCCAAUUUUCGAAAACUCGUGCAGCCGGCUGCACGAACGGGUCGCGCGAACAGGUUGAGGGGCAGCAUCGCGCGCGCCCCCGAAGCGCACCGCUCCACCCUCGCGGGUUCCGCGAGUCCGAGAAUCGUGUGUGACAUCAUCGUCGUGUAUCCGUUCCUCGUAAGAGGAAGGGAGAAAGAACGAGGCAAGAGCAAGGGGAAAACCUUCAACGUGUGUAUAUCCGCGACAGGUCAGCCUCGCGACGAUACUUGACGUCGCGCCGCGCGAGUCCACCGGUUCUCAUUAAUAAUAAUCUUUGCUCAAUUGUAAAGAAUCGAAGAAAGUCUAACGUACAGACCCAUUGUGUGCGUGCAACACCGAUCAGCCGCCAGUAGUAGACAUCGGUUUUCUCUUUCUCUUUAAAGCCCUUCGCCAGCACGUCGCGUCACCGUGUCGCGCCGUGACACCCCGGCGCGUGUUAGGUGUGAAUGUAUAAAUUUCCGUUGAGCAACUCUACUCUCGCCGCGCAAGCACUGCUCUUUUGCCGGCGAGCGGUCUUUCGCGCGCUUGCGAAUCGAUGUCGAGCCCCGGCUCUCCUUUCGCCAGUCGAUUCCCUGAGUCGCUGUUGAAUCGUUUUCAUUCCAGAGGUAUACGUGUGUAUCAUAACAGUAUGUCGUGCCAGCUCGAGAGACCAUUCUAAUUCGUCGCUCUCGAUCAUUUCUUUCUGAUUUCGCAAGCGCGCACUCGACUCCUCGCCGCCGCCGCCGUCGCCUCGAAGAACAACACGCGUCCUCGCCAAAUUCAUCCGCAAUACGAUCGACGAGGAUCUAAUCGCGCGAAGAAGCAAGUCUGACAGUCGAAAAUAGAGAGAAGAAGAAGAGAGAGAGAGAAAAAGUGAGAGAGAUAGAAGCUAUAACCCAACGGCGAUCGAACGAGACACGAAGAGCAGUUCUGUGGACCCUUAGAAAAUUAUUUUUCUUUCAAAAUCAUCGCUCCUGUCGAUCCGCCGCCGCCGUCGCGCGCGCGCGCGCGCGCGCUCCGUAAACUCAUUAGGCGGCCCUUGUUCCCGCCAUCGUUAAUUGAGUGCCGAGGUGAGACGAACGACACGGAAUUAUCAUUCGAAUCCUCCUUGUUAGGCACCCGCAUCGCCUCGCUUCGUCGCUUCCCUUCCUCUCUUUCUCGCUCCCUCCUCUCUCUCUCUCACUUUAUCUCUCCCUCUCCCUCUUUGCCGUCUCGCUUUAUCUCUCCCUGUCUUUCUCUUUUGCGCGCAUACUCUCUCUCCUGACAAUUCAUCGUUUUCAAAGCGGCAUAAUCAAUUGAGCCUGUUGUACAAAACAAAAUCUGUUCUUCGCUGCGACUUCGCGGCAUCUCGCGCGGACACAGCGCGGAUCAGUUUUACCGUAAGUGUAUGAUCGUGAGUAGAUUGCGCUGUGAUCGUCGAUAUGUCGUUUCGCCAAGGAGAGAACGAAGCUCAGUCGUUCACCGAUGACGAGGAUGUACGUCUUGCCGUCGUUCAAAGAGGUCCACGUCGCGCGUCGAUCGUCCAGCGGGUCUGACGCGUUUUCGCGUCAAUAACGACGGUCUCCUCGACGCGAAGAACGUCCGAAUUCGAUCCGCGUGCUCCUACCGCAAUGCUACCCGGGAGCAAUCGCGCGAACGUUUUACGACACGCCGCGCGCACGCACACGCGUCUUCCGACGGCAUAAUAUAUGUAAUAUUGUAUAAUAAAAUACACGGUGUAAUGUUAUUUUUACGUGUACACGCGCGUGCGUGCGACGGCAAGAAACAAUGAUGUCGCGGGACGCGACGCGUUCGAAGCUCAAAGUACAAUAUACAAAAACGAACAACCACCAGCACCAUCCCCCCUCCCCCUUCUGCUCUACAGCGGAUUCGCAAAGCGGCAAGGAGCGUUUCAGCGCGAGAUGUAUUAUAUGAGAGAGGAAAACGCGACUUGCGUCCUUCAAGCAUUUUUCAUUCGUCGAAGAUACCCUCGUUUUAAAUGACAUUCUCGUGCGCGUCGUCGAUUAAGCGUCGUUCACACAUAUACACAUUCAUAACAUGCACACGUACACACGCGCGCUCACGCAACACACCCGGUCGGUAAAGUUCAGUCUCGAUCGCGGGCGAACUCGCGCGCGCGCGCGCUCUCCUCGCCAAGGGAAGAGGAAAAAGAAGAAGAAAAUGUCGAUCGUCCCGGUAAACUUUCCGAGCGAGACCGAUGCUCAAGAGUCAUGUGACGCAACGACUCGAUGUUGAGGAUUCAAAGCUCCACUCCGCGCACGCGAGAGAGAGAGAGAGAGAGAGAGAGAGAGAGAGAGAGGGAGAGAGAAGGAAAGAAUCGCGCUUGCUUUCUCUCUCUGUUUCUUCUUCUUCUUCUUCAAUCGCGACGAGAACAAUCACUAGUCGGCGCCGAACGACGCCGGCGGAUCUCUCUCGGUCGAACGAGCGAACGAUCGAUCGAUCGCAGUCGAUCCCCUGGUCUGACAUGACCCCGCGGGCAGCAACGCCGGGACAGAGAAAGUGAGAAGGAAGAAAAAGUGAUGUGUGUGUACGUAUAAAUAUAAAUGUAACAGUCUUAUAUUUAUAUCUAUGCGCGCGCGUACGGUUCGGACAAGUCGCGCUGACGGAUUAUGUCAAGGAUGCACAAACUUCAACGGCAUCGACGUGGACUCUCGACGAACGUGCACAACACUUUCGUCGCGGCACCUCGAGCGCGGCAGAUGUGUGAGGGACUAACGGUUCGCGUUCAUUUCGAUUCAUAUCGUUACCACGAGACACACAUCACACAGACACACACAUGUACACAUAUGCGCGCGCGCACACUCUCUCUAGUAGUCACAUGCGCGAUCGCAGUUUAACGAACUAAACUGGGGCUCUUCUCGAGCGAAGGACGUCGGCGCACUUUCCGUCUCCUUCGAUCUCUCUCUCGUUUUUCCGUCGUCGUGCCGUUGCGCGUAAUCGGAUCGAACGGUCGGCUCUUAGCAGCCGAGCCUUCGGACCGGAGUUUGUGCAUCGUUGCAUUGUGUAAUUUAAUCUUGUAUAUAGGGUACAUUUUGUAUAUUGUUAAAAAUUUGUGUGAUAUAAAUGGUUAUGUAUUUACUAUUGAGCGCGAACGGCGAACCGGGGCUCCUCGCGCGUUCAUCCUCCAGCGGGCGAGAUCGGGCCGAUUGUGAAACGCGCCACGACAGCCAACAACACGCGUGCCGUCGGCCGUGUCCGCUUCGGUACCGGAACCGGCAUCGCCGCGAGUGCGUCCUGCAGCGGCGCCGACGAUGACGACGAUGACAACGACGACGGCGGUCAACAUUGGCUUCGACUCCGUUCCACCGCGCCUCACUAAUUCCAUCGCUUCGCCGAGAAUCACUUCUGAAUCGCGUCGCGCGAACUUCCGCAAAAUUUCGCGUUCCCGCUUCGUCAUCGUCAUCGUCGUCGUCGGUAGUCUUUCGCUACGACGUGCGCCGAUCCCGCGCGGAUUUUCUCGCGCGCGGAUGCCAGAUCAAGCUGUGCCCUGUCUCGCCGAAGCAGGACUCGGCGAUUCUGUCCUCCCGUGUCCUCGCAGCAAGCGAAACCAUCGGUUCUGGCAGGAGCGGUCCGGAGGAAGCGGAAAGAGAACGAGAGUCGCACGCGUGCGAUGCUCCAGUCUGUAUGUGUGUGUGCGUGUGUGUGAUCUCUCGCGUGGCUGAGAGAUCGCGCUGCAGAGUGCGGGGCGCGCACUCCGCGCGACACCCGGGGAAAAAAGGAAAAGUGACGAGCGCGCGAGCACCGCGCGACACGCAACGAGCACGCAAGAGUGAGUCCCCGAUGCGGCCGGCCGAAAGUGACACGCGCGCGGCUAGACUCUCGAUCCCACCACGCGCGUCUAGUUAAUUUUGUUAUUUGGUUUAUCUCAACUCUUCUCAUAUUCGGGACCCGACAUCUGUAUGUGGUUUCGUGGCCUCUUGUAAAAUACAAUUACACACGCACACAUAAGACACACACGUGACACGCAUACACACACACAGACACAUACAUCACCAUACGAGAACACAUUUAUUAAUUAAUAAAAAUCACAAGUUUUUAGAAAAAAGAAAA